CCAGCCCCUUCCCCACCUCCAGCCCUAACUCACAGCCCGCCCCGCCCAGCCUCCCUCCAGUGCCUGCUUCAGCGUAUGAUGGGCGGAUCUGCCCGGAAGCAGCAUGGCGGCCUCACUGCCCCGGCCACAGAUCCCCAGUAAUAAUGCCGUGUAUGAGAAAUACUUCCACCAGGUGGAAUCCGCAAACUCUGGGAGAGUAUUGGCUGGAGAUGCUGCCCUUUUCUUGAAGAAGUCUGGACUGCCAGACCUGGUGCUGGGCAAGAUUUGGGAUCUGGCGGAUACAGAGAGCAAGGGAUAUUUAAACAAGCAGGAAUUUUUUGCAGCUUUGCAGCUAGUGGCCUUUGCACAGAAUGGGAUGGAAGUUUCACUCGGCAGCCUCAAGAAAGUUGUGCCGCCACCCAGAUUUCAUGACACUGCGAGUCCCUCCUUGCUAGCUGCCCCAGCCUCUGUGGACAUGCCGUGGGCUGUCAAGACGGAAGACAAGGCCAAAUACGAUGCGAUAUUCGACAGUUUAAACCCCGUGAACGGAUUCCUGUCUGGCGACAAGGUCAAACCUGUGCUACUGAAUUCCAAGCUACCUGUGGAAGUUCUGGGCCGGGUCUGGGAGUUGAGUGACAUUGAUCAUGAUGGACUAUUGGACCAAGAUGAGUUUGCAGUUGCUAUGUUCCUGGUAUAUUCUGCUCUAGAAAAAGAACCUGUUCCUAUGCUUUUGCCUCCUGCGUUGGUGCCACCAUCCAAGAGAAAAACAUCCAAUUCUACAACAUCCUUGCCAAUUAUCCCACCUCCUCCAGUGCCACCUGGUAAAGAGUCACGGCAUUCCUUGCCACCUGUUGGCAUCUUACCCACUAAGGCACCCGCCACACAGUGGGUUGUCUCACAUGUAGAGACAACGAAAUACGAUGAGAUUUUCCUGAAACUUGACAAAGACCUAGAUAACCUGGUGUCUGGGCUGGAAGUCCGAGAGAUAUUCCUUAAGACUGGAUUGCCUUCAGGACUCCUUGCCCAUAUUUGGUCGCUGUGUGACACGCAGGAUUGUGGGAAACUGUCCAAAGAGCAAUUUGCUCUGGCUUUCCACCUCAUCAAUCAGAAGCUAGUAAAGGGCAUUGAUCCCCCGCAAACACUCACUCCUGAAAUGAUCCCUCCAUCGGAAAGAUCCGCCACACCUAAGUGGCCUGGUGCUUUCCCGCUGUGGAACAUACCAUUCUCCUGUGGUUCAGGUCCAGUUUGUAUCCCAUCUGCUCCCAGCCCUGUCGCUGAUUUCUCUGCCAUUAAGGAGCUGGACACAUUAAGUAAUGAAAUUGUAGAUUUACAGAGGGAGAAGACGAAUGUGGAGCAGGAGCUGAAAGAGAAAGAGGAUACUGUGAAAAAGAGGACAACUGAGGUUCAGGACCUGCAGGAUGAAGUGGAGCGAGAGAAUGCUAACCUGCAGAAGCUCCAGGCCCAGAAGCAGGAGGUGGAGGAGCUGCUGGCUGGACUGGACCAACAGAAAGCACAGCUGGAGAGCCAGUUACAGGAGCUACGUCUGAAGUGCGCAGAGGAGACCCAACUGAUCUCUUCUCUACAAGUUACCGUCUCCAGCCAGGAGACUCAGAUUUCCACUUAUGAAGAGGAAGUCACCAAAGCCAAGGAGGAACUGAGCCGACUGCAGGAUGAGACUACGCAGCUGGAGGAGGACCUGGUGCAGGGGAAAGACCGUCUCACCCCACUGGCGCAGCAGCUGCUUCAGUGCCAGGAUGAGCUACGUUUAGCCAAGCUGGAAGAAUUGAAGCCUGCUGAAAAUCAUAUAAAUGACCAGUUUCAUGUCAGCUGGCGUCACCAUUUAGAUUUGCCAAUGGUAAACGGCACUGGAGAUCACUCCAGUCUGAGCAAUAGCAGCAGCGAGCCUGCAAAUCUGCAUGAUAACUCUGAGUAUGAAAGUCCGGCCCAGCCAGAGAACCAGAGCCAAAACUCCCCGGUAAGGAGCAGUCCGGAAAUCACCCAGACCUCAGGGAGUGAUGUGGAAGAAAAAGAAGAAACUCCUAAAGUGGCAGUAACCACUGACCAGGUACAGGAGGUCACGUUCCAAGUGGGCAGUUUUGACACAGAACAGAGGGCAUCACAUCCUGUCCCAGAGCCUGGACUGGAUUUCUUCCAAAGUGAUCCUUUUGUCGGCAGUGAUCCAUUUACAGAUGAUCCCUUUGGCAAGAUAGAUCCGUUCGGAGGAGAUCCUUUCAAAGACUCUGAUCCUUUUGCUUCUGAUGCAUUUUUCAAGCAGUCUUCAGCAGAUCCCUUCUCGUCCUCCAAAGCGGAUAAAGCUGAUCCUUUCCUGUCAUCAAAACCAGAUAAAGCAGAUCUGUUCUCAUCCUCCAAAGCAGACCCUUUCUCAUCUUCCGGAGCAGAUCCAUUCUUAUCUUCAAACGAAGAUCCGUUUACGUCCUUUAAAGCGGAUCCUUUUUCAACUGCGCUUACAGAAAGCAGCAUCUCCUCGGUUGAAGCUUCAAAAACCAAUGACCCUUUUGCUCCUGGUGGAACACUUGUCCCAGCAGACACUGAACCUUCGAAAGAUGACCCUUUUGCCUCACUCUUUGGUAAUGAGUCAUUUGGGAGCGGGUUUGCAGACUUCAGCACACUUUCCAAGAACAGCAGCACAGACUCGUUUGAUGGAACGCUGCCACUUCGAGAGAAAGAGACACUAAGUGGCAGGAGCACAUGUGACACUGAACCUUCCCAGACAGAGGCCCCACCUGCACUUCCUCCAAAAAUCGGAACUCCCACCCGGCCCUGCCCUCCCCCACCAGGCCAGAGGCCGUCCUCUAAGCCUGAGGACCUGUUCAAGCAUGAAGACCCCUUCCAGCAGUUCAAUCUCAGCUUCCCCAAAGACAUGGAAUCUGACCCCUUCGCUGCCUGCAAAGGAACAGGCGAGACAGGAAACCACGGUAGCCUUAACACUUACCAGUCUGAGGACGAUCUGAUCGAAUGGGCGAAGAGGGAAAGCGAGCGUGAGGAGGAAGAAAGGCUCCAGAGACUAAAGCAGCAGGAACAGGAGGACCUGGAUCUGGCCAUAGCACUCAGCAAGUCCGAGAUCUCAGAAGAGUGAGCCACCUGGUGCCUCUCUGGUCUAUAUUAACUAACUGUGUAAUUCCUUAGAAAUAUUUAAAUAGUUGUCAGCCCUCUACCUAUGAAGUAUUUACGCAUCUCUCGGACACUUGCUCCAGUAGAGGCUUCUCUAGCGGAGAACAGGUAACGUUAGCCGUUUGUGUUUUGGACAUGACUGAGGAGUGAUACUUUGUAUUUUUGCAUCCUGUAGUACGGCCGACACCUUGCUGAUGAAAUAACUCUCUUCCGGAAGUUGCACAGUGUUACAUAUAGUUGUGGUUGUGCCUUUAGAGAACACGAAUAACCCAGGAAUUGAUGGUAGUGCCUCAAAUAUGCUUCUUCACUUGAUGGACUGCUUGGUUGGCAGUGAUGGCGUUGUGUUUCUUUACAACCUUGUUCUCUGGAGCAGAACCAGUGGGGGUGAAGAGUUGUCCCUCUAUAUUGUUACAUAACAUACUCCUACUUUUAUAUAAACUUCAUCAGUAGUCUAUCCCAGUUCUCAUCUCCGUAAUGCAGUAUUAUUCUGCUGAGCGCUAUGAUGUGGUGUGGGAUAGGUUAACGGAAGACCAGCCAAUCCCAACCAACGUGAUGAAAGUCACUGUAACGUGGUGAGAUUCACUGUAAAUGUAGUUAGCACCUAAGGGAUCCCCAACCUUUACCCAGUGCCUGAUUGUUUCCUGAAGGCUAAGCUCAAAGCCGUGUUUCUUGUGCUACAACCAAUCUGGUUUUGGGAGGCUCGAUUCCUAUUUAAAUGCUCCCUUAACUUAUGUACUCAUUAUCAACUAAUUGGUGCCUUUAUUUUGCGCAAACUGUGCUUACUAUGGUGUGUUAGGGAUCAUAGGGAUCAGGUUUGCCUUCUUCUCACUAGUGCCAAUGUCCACCCCCUUCAUAUACUUGUGGAUAAUAUUUUAAACCCCAUAGAUGAAGAAUAAUUCCUGACAUACCAUCAGAUCUGUGUUGUGAUUAUCCUGAUGCAACUGAAGUAAGGGUCAGCUACUUGGUUAGUGACCAUGCGGGUAACACUCAAGGAAUACGUGGUUAUAAACGAAUUAAUUAAUUAAUAAGGUGAAUUGUGGGGAGCAAACCGGACAAAGAUAACUAUUUUAAGGGAUAACUUUUAUUUCUAAUUUUUAAGGAAAACAAUCAGAAAAUAAGGUCUUGUGCACAAUUGUAAAGCAAUCUUUCAUCUGGAAUACUUUAGAUUUUUCUCAAAAAAUAGAACUUCACUUUCUGCCCUGUCUCACUGAGCAUGCCCUUACCCUGCGGCAGGGGGGCAUACAUGAACUCGUACAGUAAACCGGUCAAUCCCAUAAUGGGCGGGUACAGCAACAGAGUCAGAGGAAGCAGGGGGUGGUGCUUGGUCAAACAAAGUUUCAGAGAUUUUUAUUUUUCUAGUGGGGUUUUUAAAAGCAUUCCAGGCUUGAAAAGGCUUUAUCCUGCAACUGAUCCUAUGAUCUGAUCAUUGUCUAGAAAGCCAGAGUUGAUGGGGUCUGUUCUCUUCAUGUGUCAUUUACCAGCAUUCAUUUCUGGACUCUUCUAGGUGAUUUUAUGUUGCAGUUUAUGUCAUAGCUCUUGAAGAGUGACUCAUUAGCUGAUCACCAAUAUGCUGCUUAUGGAUCCAUUUUAACCUGCACAAAUGGCUUUGUGGAUCCAGAGGAAAACAUUACAUUGGAUUAACUCAUUUCAUGUGUUUUCUCGCCAUCACAUGUAACAAAUCUGGCAAGUUGGUGGCCCUAUAGAUCGUUUUGUCCUACAUUUAUGCCACUGGUGCUUGUACACUUAGCGUGUGAUUGUCUGGAUUUAUAUCCCAAUGACUGCACAUUCAAUAACCCUUCUAGAGCCUAAUGGGCCAUUGCCAGUAAUGGUUCAUCGGUCACCCUUUUUAAUCUUCCACUCCUUUUCCUUUUCAGAAUAUCCUUAAUACUCCUCCUAAAGAAGCUUACACGUCAUUACAUAUUAAUGAACUUGUGCCUGGAACAUACCAUAAUAAGGAGUAUUUAUAUGUGGUAUAUUGACUCAAAUACGUGGUACAUGUUCCUUGGAGUGUAAGCCUUGUGUUGCACAAGAUGGCGUUUGAACAAAAAGUUGUUACUGUUCAGCGGCCAAAAUGUAUAUUCUAUAUUACUGAUAUUUGGGAUACCUGUGUCAUUAUGCGAUGAGACACAUUCACAGUCAUGUGUGGAUGAGAAUCAUCGCUCCCUCCUAGCCCUCUGACACAUACAAUGUUAUUUUAAAUGUACACUAAUGUUUUACAGAAGUAUAGAAUCUGUUUGUUACAAUGAAUACUCUGUGGACCAAUAUUAUUAUUAUUAUUAUUAAAUAUGUAUAUAAAAAAUGCAUUUAUUAUAUGUUCAUUCUACUGACGUGCAGCUGUUCUGUGCUGGAAAUGUAAUUGUAACCACUAUAAUAAGCCCGGUAUCUCGCCCCUGGGUCCUGCGUGGGUUGCAUAAUAUAUUGCUACAGUGCGUUUCGUGUCCUAUGCAGGAUUCCAGAGGCGGACACCUGCUUCUCUUAAAUAACUCUUGGUUUGUUUUUCCAUUUUUUGUUUUUCUAUGUUUUAUUGCAGCUAGAUGGUGUAAUUAUGGACAUAAAAUGUACUUUAAUAAAGUGUAAAUUGAUUGA